AUGGUAGCGCACUGCGUAGCGUUUAAUGGAGUGACAAUUAAACAAUAUGUCAAUAAGGUUUUUUCAUUGGCUGCAAGCGAUGUUAAGAAGGAGGAGAAACAUUUCCCUGCGACGACAAUCAUUAGGAUUGAUAUCGCUCAUUUUAUGGCUGCAGCAGCUCGGCUGGAAUGCUUUAAGGACAACACCAGGUUUCGAUUGAAAAGAUUUUAUAUAAGAGCAAUCGCUCUCCUAGUAGAUUGUGAGUCACUUCAGGAAUUUCAGCUAGUUUUCAUUCUCACAUGCCUGGUGGCUAUGAUGCCUGUGAAUGAUUACGUUGUAGAAUUUCCAAAUGCAGUAGAAUUAUGUGGUGAUCGCUCUCUAGGGCUUGGGGAAUCAAAAAUGACUGCAGAGCAAGCACGAAAACGUUUGGAGGAAUACAUUUCUCUGCGUGGACCCAUAAUCGAGAACCUUCACGACCAAAGUGACAAUGACAAGCUGGAAGUUUCUCAGAAUUUCCAAGAAUUGCCUGAAGAAACAAAGACAACUCGGAUAUCGAUUACACACAACUGGAUCAAGCGUUUAAUUUCAUUAGUUAACCCUGAGAAACCUAAGAGCAUUCCAGGAAGAGUGGAGAACGCCCUUUAUUUCCCCCAUCUUGUUGAUGAGCUCGAGAGGAUCGCUAAAGAGUUUCCUCUUUGGAGCUCGGCUGUACUACCAAGUUCUUUCGUGCCAGACCACGCUUCAACAGCUGCUUAAGAGGGUUAUUUCAAUCAGCUGAAGAAUCGCAUAUUCGGGCAUAUCAAGUUGCCCUGUAAUUUCCAUAUUUUUUUCAAAGAACAUUUGAAAGAUAUAUGGGGUGCCCAGAAUGAAAUGGCAGCUGAGUUAAAGGCUUUCAUUUAUAGACCAUAAGAACAAUCCCCUCCGUUAUCAUCCGAAUCUGGAGAAUCCAAAGAUUUUCAUCAAAAUGAAAAUAAAGAGAAUAUCACCUUGACUCCUGGCUUCAAGAAGACCGUCUUGGAUGACUCAGAUUUUGGUUCUAAGAUGGAAUGGCGUGGAAUAGUUAUUGACGAGGGGAAGGCAAAAUUCCAUCAUGAAGCGACUAAAAUUGAUGAUUCCCAGACUACUUCUACUGAUUUCAAUUUUAAUACAGGGGAUAUCUAUUCUGAAGUGCUUAAUUUGGAGGAUGAUGCACUUUUUGGAUUGCUCGAGAAGGAUCUACUGGACAAUGUGGAGGAUCUCAAUGUAAUCAAAACUGAGUCCUCGGUGUUGCUUGAUGGGGAACCACAAUUCGCAAGUACUUUGGCUAAUAAUUCCGAGGAUCCUCCUGAACUGAGCUCCUUUCCUGUAUUACGUGAUAAAACCAACAUGAAGUCCAAGGAUUGUGGUAAAGGCACUCAACGAGGUGGAAAAGUGCCUAGAGGAAAGAAACGAGCAGCUUACUUUGCUCCAUACCCACAAAUCAAGAUUCUCAAUAAAAAUGGAUCAUUUGGCAAGAAAGGCAAUUUCUUGCCUAAUGGUUCUGUCAGCCCAAUCGUUAAAUACCAAGGGAUGGGGAUUAAAUUGAUAAGGACCUGUGGAUACGAUAGUUUCGUGCACAUCCUCCAAUACGCUGCAUUAGAUGACACCAAAUACGCCUAAUUCCUUGAAAUUUCUAAGAAUGAACUGUCGAAAUUCGUUUUAGAAUUCCUCAAGCAUGGUGCCACUACUACAAAUCUACUACGUCGAUGUGCCCUCCUGUGUAAUCAUUAUCCCCUAAGAUCACCAAGGAAUGCGACUUCAUUAGAUCCCUAUACGUUGGAUUGUAAAGAUACGUUGACGAUGAUUUGGAGAGGAUGCUUCGCUGAACCAGUGGCAUACCGUCGAACGCAAUGCGACAACAUUAAAUGUUCAGUUGGAACGUCGAGGCCGCUGUACGAUUUGUCGGUUGAUCAUCAUAUUAUCUGCGACAAGGGUUUCAGAGAGGGCUUACCCCUAGCAAUUGAUGUAUUUCGGUCUUGGAGCUGUAAGAGAGUUGGCUGUAGAGGCACAGUGAACGAGGUACUCGAGUGCAAGCCCACCAUUUUCAUUGAGCUCGACAUCCGGGACUUCAGUGCGGGUGGUGGUAACACAAAGAUAAAAUGUAAAUUGGAAGAUAUACCCGAUGAAUUGAAUUUAGGAGAAAUAUAUCUAUUAAUUGGAGUCAUUGAAUUCCAGCCUAACAUGGAACAUUUCGUGGCUCAUUGUCGACGAAAAAAUGGUUGGCCAGAAGUUGAUGAUCUCAGCCUAGGACCUCGCACAGAGGAAGCUGCUUUUGAGUUCAUUCCCUUUGGCGCCCUUUAUAUUCGCACAUGAAAUGACCCCAAAAGUGCCUUACGAUACAAUCUCGGGAGUAGGUACGGGGAAAAUGAACAAGUCCUGUGAUAUUUAUAGUAGAAAGAAUAAUUAGUGAUUCAUUAGAAGUUAUAGAGAGAGAUAUAUGGAUUUAUAAGAUGUUGAAAAGACAGAUGGAGAGACAUAAAAUUGAAAAAUAUUUGUAGCGCUUUAUUUUCAUUGGCAAUAUUUUCUUGGGAGUAUUUACUGCUGAGUAUUAUUAUUAGUAUUUUUUUGUUAUUCAAGCAAAAAAUCCAAGAAAAUGAUCUCAAAGAAGCAAGUUUUUAUACCAAGGGUAGAGAAUAGAAUAGGAAUUCGUUAUUUAUUAAGUGUUAUGAAGUAUUAUUACGAAGAUGGAUGUUUCGUACUCAUGUAUGAUACUUUGAAAUAUUCAUUACUGAUUUUUCAUGAGACUUGUAUGCUUCCAUCUCUGAAAUAUUUACUUGUUUAGGUUGCAGCGAUGAUAAUUAUAAAAUGACAUUGUUACGUAACAAAAUCCAUGGGACGUUGAAGUUUUCAUUCUCAAAAUUAGUCAUUCUGACAUUUGUCCCUCUCUCUUCAUGUUCAAGAGAAAAUGUUUGGAAGACGCAAAAAACAUGAAAAAAUAAUUUUGCUACAUCAUUGAUUCAUAUGACUUGGAGGUUUGUAUUUCUAAAUUUAAUUAUUCUAGAAUUCAAGAAUUUUUCGUUAUCAAUAUGCAAGGAAAAAGUUGCUAAAGGUUCUUUUGAAGAAACAAGUCUUCUGGUAAUGAAGGUAGAAACGUUGAUGUGUACUCCAUCAAAUGUUUUACAGUAUUAAGAAUAUGGGGAGAUAUGUAAUUGAAAAAUGUUUGCAGCACUUUGUGCAUAUGUGUAAUACUUACUCCACAGUAUUUAUUUUUGAAUUUCAUCAUUCCUGAUUAGUGUACGCGAUCACUAAAAUAGUUAAGUGUCGAAAUAAGAAUAACAACAAGGGGAAAUCAUUCCGCAACUUAAAAAAAUUCCUAUGACUUGAAAGUUCGUCAGCUUAAAUUUGAAGAUUCUGAAGAUCGAUAAUUUUUUUCCAUCAGUACUGGAGCAAAAAACCUCCAAAAAUUCUUUUAGAGAAGUAAGUCUUGUGGAACUGAGUAUAUAAACGUUAAUUUGUAAUUUAUGAGACGUUACAAAAGAUUAUCAGGGAAAGAUAUAUCGUACAAAACUAUUUGUAAUACCUUGAUAUUGUUUUAUUUGUUCAGGUGUUCACGUAGGUAGUAAUAUAGGUUUAUAGUGUUAGUACUAUACGUUUAUAUGAAACAAGAUGCUGAACGUCUUGUUUUACCAGAAAUCAUAAAAAAAAUGUGGACACAUUCCAUGCUAAGAAAUUCGUUAGUACAUUGUUCUUGAUGCAUU